GCUCACGCUAAGCCUGUGUUGUCAUCACUCGGUCUCUCUUACGUAGCGGAUGCACAAAGAAACAGAGUAGAGAGUAGAGAGACAGUCAGGCACAGGCAGAGCUUCAGCAAGGUAAACUAGUCAAGAGGCAUCUAAAAGAGGGACAGAGACCAGCGAAAUAACGGAGCCUGAGUUUACAGAAUAUAGCUUGGAUAUGGCCAGGUUGGAUGUUAUAGAGACGUUUCAUGGUAUUCUGUUUCCUGGACACCUGCACACCCAGGAUUCCUUGCAACUUGCUCUCAAAUUUCCAUUUCAGGACACAGAUAUCGUCAUUGUCUCCUAUCCAAAGUCAGGCACCACAUGGAUGCAGGAAAUUGUGACUCUCAUAUCCAGCAAAGGGGACCCUCACGUGUCCCAAACUGUACCAAACUGGGCUCGGGCUCCCUGGCUUGAGCACCAUUAUUUUGCUGAGACCUCACCAACCACACCUCGAGUCAUCACCACACACCUGCCUCAUCACCUGCUGGGCCCCGCCCUCCAGGGCUCCAAAGCAAAGGUCAUCUAUGUGAGCAGAAACCCUAAAGAUGUGGUGGUGUCCUUUUACCACUUCCACAAAAUGGCCAACUUCUUACCUGAGGCCGGCUCAUUUUCAGAGUUUUUGAAACAAUUCCUGGAGGGCACACUGCACUAUGGUUCCUGGUUUGACCACAUUAAAGGCUGGACCAGUCAGACAGGAACUAUGAACAAUCUGCUUCCCAUCACCUAUGAAGAGAUGUUGUUGGACCCACAUGGAGCCAUAAAGAGGGUGAGCUCUUACCUGCAGAGUCCCCUGCUGGAGGACGAGGUCAACAACUGUGUGAAACACUGCAGCUUCAGCAGCAUGAAAAGCAACAAGAUGGCCAACUACAGCCUGGUCUCUCAGGAGAUAAUGGACCAUAGCAAGGGCUCCUUCAUGAGAAAAGGUGAGAUUGGAGACUGGAAAAACAUGUUUACAGAGGAGCAGAAUCAAUAUUUCGAAAGCAUCUUCAAGUCCAAGAUAGAGGAAGAACCGAAGAACACAACAUUGUGAAAAAAUCUCAAUGAAGUUAGAAAUCAUGUUGCAUCCUGUGAGAUGGAUCACAAGUGGAUAGUUUUCUCUAAAUUGUAGUUUGAAGGAUUAAAGGGACCACCUUCAAUGCCUCUUAUGUGCAGUAUACUGCAGUAUGGCUUUCAUAAAGGCAUUAAUUGUGAUGAUGUAUUCAAUUAUUUUUUUAAUGUAUGAAUAAAUCUCAGAUUCACUGUA